UUCCAGUUAUAAGAGGAGUAAGUUCUGGAGAUCUGUUGUACAGCACGGUGAUUAUAGUUAAUAAUACUGUACUUCACGCUUAAAAUUUAGUAAGAUCUCAACAAUUCUCACCACAAAAAAGAAAAAUGGGAACUAUGUGAGGUGGAGGUGUUAAUUAACCUGAUUUGGUAAUUCAUUCACAAUGUGUAUGUAUAUUAAAUCAUUAUUUUAUUUGUCAAUUACACCUCAAUAACACUGGAAAAUUGAUAGAUAGAUGAUAGAUAGACAGACAGACAGACAGAUAGAUAGAUAGAUAGACAGAUAGAUAGAUAAUGGAUUUUUUUAAUGUUUUAUGCGAACUGGGACCCACCCAACUGCUGCAGCAUGGCUGUGAUGUCCUGUGAACUCGGGAGGGCUGCCUGAGCCUCCUGCGCUGGAGUCUUGUCCCCUGUGAGUGGGUGGUGAGGCCUCAGGAGAGUCAUGCAUGAGGCAGUGCUGCUUUGAGUGCAGACCGCCCUGGGCUCCACGCCCAGCUCACGUUACUCUGUGUGGCUCUGUGACAUAACAUCCCUGGGCCCAGGAGCCUCACCUGUAAAAUGGGACAAUUAAAUCUACCUUGCAGAGUUGUUUCUAAGUUUUGAAAUUGACCAUGGAAAGUGCUUAUUGCAGCUGUUGGCACAAAGGGGACACUUAUCCUGAUUUUUUUUAGGUAAAACUUUCCGUCUAUACAAGCGACUUAGACAAUGGUCCGACUGCUGAUGAAAUAUCAAUAGCUGCCACUAUUGACCGCUCCCUGGGUUCCAAGUUCUGUGCCUUCCCCUAAAUCAUGGAAUAACCUGCUGCUCCAUCUACACCUUGCAAACCUGCUUGACUGCUUUUUUCUCCUCUAUUUUUUUAUUGUGAUUAAAUACAUACACCAUAAAAUUUACCCUUUUAAGGUGUGCAGUUCAGUGGCAUUAAGUACGUUCACAAUGUCGUGCAUCCAUCACCACUAGCUGGUUCCAGAACUUUUUCAUCACCCUGAAAGGAAACCCUGUACCCGACUGCAGUCACUCCCCAUUCCUUCCUUGCCCCUACCCCCACCCCACGGCAGCCACUGACCUACUUCCUAUCUCUACACCUUGACCUAUUCUGGACAUUUCAUAUAAAUGACUUCAUACAUAUGUGGCCUUUUGUGAGUGGCUUCUUUCACUCAGCACCAUGUUUUCAAGGUUUAUCCUUGUUGGAGCAUGUGCCAGUACUUCACUUUUUUUAAAAAAAAAUAAUCAUCUUUAUUUUUUAGAGCAGUUUUCAGUUUAUAGCAAAGUUGAGCAGAAAGGUACAGAGAUUUCCCAUCUACCCCAAGCCCCUCCAGACACACAGGCUCCACUGUUAUCGCCAUCCCACCAGAGUGGUGCAUUUGAUCCAACUGGUGAACCUGGAUCGACAUGAUCAUUGCCUAGAGUCCAUAGUUUACACUGGGGUUCACUCUUGUGUAUUCUUUAUUCCUUUUGCAAGUAUUUUCUCCUACUCUGUGGCUUGUCUUCUCAUCCUCUUGACAGUGUCUUUCACAGAGCAGAAGUUUUUAAUUUUAUUGAAGUCCAGUUUAUCAGCCAUGUAUUUCAUGGAUCAUGUCUUUGGUGCUGUAUCUGAAAGGUCGUUGCCAUACUCAAGGUCAUCUAGGUUUUGUGCUAUGUUAUCUUACAGCAGUUUUAGAGUUUUUCAUUUUACAUUUAGGUCUGUGAUCCAUUUUGAGUUGACUUUUGGGAACUGAGUAGGGUCUGUGUCCAGAUCCGUUUCUUUGCAUGUGGAUGUCCAGUGGUUCCAGCACCGUUCAUUGAAGAGACUAUGUUUGCUCCGUUGUUUUGCCUUUGCUCCUUUGUCAAAGACCAGUUGACCAUAUUUAUGUUGGUCUAUUUCUGGGCUCUCUUCUGUUCCAUUGAUCUAUUUGUCUGUUCUUUUACCUGUACCACACUGUCUUGAUUACUGUAGCUUCAUUCCUUUUUAUGGCUGGAUAAUUGCAUUUUGUGAUAUACCACUUUUGUUUAUCUACUCAUCCAUCAAUGGACAUUUGGGUUAUUUCUGCCUUUUGGUUAUUGUGAAUAAUGCUUCUGUGAACAUUUGAGUACAAGUGUUUGUCUGGAUGUAUGUUUUCAUUUCUCUUGGGUAUUCACCUAGGAAUGGAAUUGCCAGAUCACAUGGUAAGUAACUCUAGGAAUAACUUAUCAAAGAACCUGCUUGACCUCCCAAAUAAUACUUUUCCUUAUUUUGGAUGAGCAAAUGCUGACUUCCUGAUUCAAAGAGGUGCACAUAGAGAGGAACUGACAACCAGCACCACCUCACUAGCCAUGUGGGAGCACUAUCUUGCAAGUGGAUCCUCCAACCCCAGAUAAGCCAUCUCGGCCAGCGCCUCCUAGAGCAGAGAUGAGCUAUUUCCACUGAGCCCUGCCCAAAUUGUGGAUGAGUGAGCUCAAUAAAUGAUUGUCGUUGUUAGCCACUGAGUUUUGGGGUGGUUUGGGGUAGGCAGCAAUAGAUAAUUGAAGCAUGGUCUGCCAUGCACACUUUUUAUUCCAACCAAAAAUCUCCUUGAACCAGGUAAGAAUUUGGAAUAGAUGAAUGGCCACUUCCCUGCAGUACAACAUCACUGAUUGUGCACCUGAUGCGCAUCCCUGUGGAGUGAAGAACAGCCAUGCGGUCGGGCUCAAAGAGGUAAUGAGCUCAAGGCCACGUACUUGAGCCUGCCUCCGCCGCUUUCUAGCUGGGGAGAACUUAGACAAUGCACAUCUCCACUCUCAGCUUUGGCUCCUUCAUCUGUAAGAUGGAGACUAAAAUGUCUGCUGAGUUAGGACCCCUUGGAAUACAGAGAAAAGACAUUAAACUAGCUUAAUAAAAGAAACUUAUUGAUUGAUAUAACUGAUAAGUUCGGAAGUAGACUUCAGGAUAUAGGAAUAGAAAUUGCUUGGCUGAAGCAAUGCCGUGUUCUCUGUGUGUGUCUCUCUGUCUCUCUCUCUGAAUCUGUCUCUUCCUCCUCACUCUUCCCAUCUCUGGGCUUGGUUUUCUCUCCACUCUUGGGGGGAAUCUCAAGAAGGGUUCCCAGGAACUGCAAACAGUGCUCAUCUUACCAGUAAUGAUAAUUAUUAGGUGACUAUAUAUAGCAUGUAUAUCCUCUACGUAGGGUAUGGUUGUCUCCUGUAUUAAAAAUAGGGAGAAACACACACCUAUACAGGCUUAUAUAUCAUGGAAAUUUCCAGGAAGAGCCACAAGAAACUGCCGUCAGAGGCUCACUCUGGGAAAGAGAGAGACUUUUACUUUCACUUUUGAACUGCUUGAAAUUUUUUUAAUUUCAAGAGAGAUUGCAGUGCUGUCCAAGUCAGCUGUGAGGAUGUGCGGGACAAGCUGGGUGGUGGUGUUUUCUAAAUGGAGCACAGCCCUGCCAGGUGGCUCCAGGGAGGCUGAGGAGACCCCAGGCCCACAGGGAUGGCCAGUGAUGCAAUCUACCUAAAUAGGCAAGCCGAAGAUGGCUGAGGACGCGACCGGAAGAGCAAAGGGGCCUGCAAGUGUUGGCUGACCGGCUCGCCAACCCCGGGGGAAGCGUGCGCGCGUUCAGGCCUCGGCCAGGGCUUGGAACAUGGUGCUCGCGUGUGGUAAUAGAAGUGGCACCAUUCUAAGUGCUUCACUUGUAUCAAUUCUCUAAACCUUCACAACCACACAGCAGAGUCAGUGCUGUUAUCUCCCGGCUUCGCAGAUGAGGAAACAGGCAAAAGUCAGUGAACGAAUGGAGCCACCCAAAGGUAGGUACAUUUCUAAAAUGACCCCGUGGGAAGAAAACAUGUGCAUUCCAGGCUUGGCUUUUGUUGAUGCCAGCAAGGUGAUCCAACUCGUGGCCCGUCGGAGAAUUGGUGAAGGCUGGAGACCAAACCUUGCAUCUGAUCACGGGGGUUCUUGGGUUCUCGGGAGCCCCCGGGGGGCUCAAAGUUCAGAACCCCUGUUCUGUGGGGUUACCCACAUCUGAGAUUCCAGGAUUCUGUGAUAAGUGAUGAUAUCCCUGCCCCCUCGAAGCUUCUAAGUUUAAAUCCCCCACCCCCAAAAAUGGUAAGCUGUUCCCUGUGAACCACGUAGUCUCCACUGCCCAGAUAAAGAGGGUCUGGGGAGUAAACUGCUGGAUGGGCCAAAGUGUGGUUUUCUGUUAUCUGCAUCUGCAAAUAUUACAAGUUGUACUGUUGGGCGCCCAUCUAAUUUAUUGUCCAAAGGUGGACAAUUUUGUGCGUGAAAGAGGCACUAUUAAUAUUUAUGCUGAGACAAGGCCACAACCUGGGACAUCUUGCUUUAAGGCAGAAGGACUUUGUACCAAAUCGUAUCUGUUUUUUGGAAAGUGGGACUGGCUGCUUUUCCGGGAGUCCUGGGCAGAGAGGGGUCCUCUGCUCUCCUGACCAUCCACCCGGCAGCUUAGGGUCAUUCGCGUCCCAUCGCUGUGCUUCUAAACCUGCCAUUCCCUAUACACACACACAGUGUGGCUCGGUGCCUGCUCUGGAGCCGCCCGCAGCUGGGGAGCUGCCCAGUCCAAAGGAGGGGUGACCCCCAAGAGCAGGGCUUUGCCCUCAUCUCUGCCUCUGGCCCCCUCCCCAGUUCUCGCAGCGGGCUCUCCAUAAAGUUCUCCUGACUCCUGACACACUCACCCCACUGUUUACUAGAGCAAAGCCCGGUGACCUAAGGGAAACGCCACGGGCGCAGGCCACUCGCCACAGUACAGCACUGCCCCCAGGCCAAACCCAACAGCAUCCACGAAGCUGGGGCGGGCACGGGUUGAAAUUUAACCAUCAGGCUCAGGGGUUUGAGUGAGCGUCUACGAAAAAGAGGUGAGUCCACUCCACUCCUCGUGUGUCCCCAUUGAAGUAAGAACAGACAGGAGGGAAAAAAUCACCCUCUUUUUAUUGGGGUCCACGGGGAACAGACCCAGGAUGCUAAGGACCCCAAAGUCCUCGGGUCUCUCCGUCUUGGUCAAGCAGAUGUGGGGGACUCUCGGCAGUCAUCCGCUAAGGCUGGCGCGACGGUGCUCACGGCGUCCCUGUGCUCAGAGGAACAGCAGCAACACUCUUCACCCCCUCUGGAAGGGCCCAGCCUGCAUGCCAGGGGGCGCCCGGCAGUCCCCCAUCAACAUCUGCCAGAGGGACAGCGUCUACGACCCCCGGCUGCAGCCGCUUCAGGUCUCCUACCACGCGUCGGCCUGCCUCUACGUCUGGAACACGGGCUACCUCUGCCAAGUGGAAUUCGACGACUCCACUGAGGGGUCAGGAAUUAGCGGUGGCCCCUUGGAAAACCACUACAGACUAAAGCAGUUCCACCUCCACUGGGGAGACGCGAACGAGUGGGGCUCAGAGCACACCGUGGACGCCCACGCUUUUCCGGCAGAGCUGCAUUUAGUCCACUGGAAUUCGGUGAAAUACCAGAAUUACAGCGAAGCUGUGAUGGGAGAGAGCGGCCUGGCGGUGAUAGGCGUCUUUUUAAAGCUGGGCGCCCAUCACGAGGGGCUGCAGAAGUUGGUGGACGUCCUGCCGGAAAUAAGGCAUAAGGAUGCGCGGGCAGACAUGGGCCCCUUUGAGCCCUCCUGUCUGCUGCCCACCUGCCGGGAUUACUGGACCUACCCGGGCUCCCUCACCACCCCUCCGCUAACCGAGUCGGUCACCUGGAUCCUCCAGAGGACGCCCAUCGAGGUGGCCCAGAGCCAGCUGGCCGCGUUUCGCACGCUCCUGUUUUCUGCCCUUGGUGAAGAAGACAGGACAAUGGUGAACAACCGUCGCCCCCUGCAGCCCCUGAUGAACCGGAAGGUCCGUGCGUCCUUCCAGCCCGCAGGAGAGGGCGCAAGGUCCUAACCUGAUUACGUCCAAGUUAGCGGGCAGAAUCGGCUUUAAAAAGAAGUAUUGUGUCCCGAGUGUCAUGGUCUGAUCACACGUCACCUCAAAAUUAACAUACAAAAUUAAAAAGAGAGAGCACUGUUUUA